UGUUUCCAAACACCAUGUAAAUUGGGGACUGAAUUGACUAUUCAAUUGUAAGCAGUAGAGAGUGGGAUUUGUCCAACAGUAUCGCCAAACGCUAAACCCUAUUCAGUCCCUUCAAGGCCUGUUCGUACUUCGUAGAUUAUAGAUUUAUAUUUUGUUUCAAUUUGUAAAUUUGUUAAUCUUUCAUUUGUUGUUCUAUGUCCAAUUACAAAUAAAUCUCGUGAAAGCUUGUUGUUUUGAAAAAAAAAUGACGAAAAAUUGGCAGUGGGCAGUGGAUUACUUAUCUGUGACUCAAUCUUUGGCGAUAAAACAUGGUAUGAAUUCAUGCAAGUAUCCAUAUCUUCUUGCUGUUAUUGCUUCAGUGGGUUGCGUGAAUUCUCUUGUUCUGAAAGUUCUGUCGUGAUUACAAAGAAUUUGCAAGAUUAAGGGGAAAUUAGGGCCUAAUAUUUACAGAGGUGUUAUGUCAUAGUGACUGCAUACUACCUGUAUGACAAAUUGUCCAGAGAAACAUGAAGAAGGGGAUGGCAUAAAGGACAGAUAAGAUGGAGUGUAGCAUGGAAAAUUAUUGGAUAGUCCCCCAAGAUGAUCUGGAGCUAUGUAUUAGCCGGCUUUGUCUUGCGCAACGACUGUUAGAUUUUCGAUGUCACUAUGCACAUUCCAAUAUUUGAGUGACCCCCAACAACUCCUGGUGGAUCUGGGAGCAUGAAGAAUGUUGGGAGGAGGAAGAACUACUGCAAAAUUUUGCUUGAAAAUUGAAUCUCAUCUCAGUUGUAAUCUUUGUAUAAUUGUAUUUUGAGUGAGUGACGAGGGAAACCCACACCCACUACCCAAGGGUGUGCGUUGGGUAAACUCGCCUUGUGACCCUAACUUGCAAAGGAUCGCAAGAAAGUAAACCAGCCUUGGGUAGUGCACGAGGUAAUCUUUAUAUUUAAUGGUCCCUGAACAAGAUUUAUAUAUGUUGUGGGCUGAAUAAGUAGCUUUUGCCAAAUAUGAUCCAGUUGCUUGGGCAAUCUUCUUAAUAGUCUCUCCCUUUUUGUUAAGCAAUUUUUUAAUUUUUAUUUUUGGGUUUUGGUCAAAGAUUAAUUCAAGAAUUUACUUUAGUUUGAACAACAAUGAAAUGUUUUGGUCAAUGUCUACCCUAAAACAAAUCUCAACCAAACAGUUGGCUUUUGCCCUUCACUUAAACAGAUCUGUCUCUAUAACUGAUAACUACUCUCCUCUCUCUCCCCCUCUCCGAGAUAAACUCUAUCCAUUUACCAUCUCGAAUGAGCUAUAAAUAAGUGAGAAAGAGUUGGUUAAAUUACCAAAUCCAAAUAUAAUGCAUCACUUACAAGUGAAAAGCAACCUUAAUCUUGUUGGUACAUAUAAUGAAACAAUCAUGCUUAACCAUGGAGGUAGUAAUGAGGUCCCUCUCUGCCCUAAACCGCGACGACUCGCCUCCACCGCUCUCCCUGAGUUCCUCAAGCCCCUCAGAUGCACCAAACACAGCCAAACGAGUUUUGAUGGUGGAAGAAGUGAAAUUCUCAACAUAAUCGGUGGUGACCACCAAAAGGUAAGAGAUGGACGGGAUUCAACAAUGUGCAGUGGGUGCUCGCCCUCGUGUUACUCAGGCUCUCCUCCCGGCCGGACAGAUAACCCGUUGAUCCAUGACGUGCAAUUUGCUCAUCAAAUGGAGCUUUUUUCGCCGUUAAAUCGAACUAAGCUUUCUGAUAAAUUUGGGUUCACCUCUGCCUCCCCGGCCUGAGACCUGAGAUCUGAGCUCUCGGCGUCAGAGAUGGUGGAAAACCCACCACAAUUUUUCCUUUCUCAGGCUUAGCACACUGUCCAAACCGUACGUGAUAAUGAGUUAUUUUUUAUGUAAAUACUGCAUGCAUGCAUGUGACAAUUAUAUGGGAUCCCUUUAAUGUAACAUGUAAAUAAUAUCAUUAAUGUUGUUGUGAUCGCUAAGCAUAAUAAAAAGGUCUUUUCUUUCGCCAUUUUAUCACA